ACAAGUCAACCAGCACAAAACUCUCCUGCUUAGGAAGACAGCAUGGGUGACGAGGGCUACUACCCACACGAGUCCAGCUCAGUGUUCAAUGAUCUCCGUCUGCAGGGAGGCUUUUGCGACGCGACCAUCAAAGUCCAGGACGUAUCAUUCCAAGUCCACCGGGUCAUCCUGGCAACAUACAGCCCGUACUUCCUAAACGUCUUCCGAUGCGCGUCACCUCAAGACAAGGUCUUCGACACCCCCGGCCUCUCUCCUGACAUGAUGCAGCUCAUCAUUGAGUUUGUGUACACCGGCUCUGUUUCCGUGAGGGAGGAAAAUGUGCGGGAGCUUCUGCUGGCAGCCGAUCAUCUCCAAGUAGCGGACGUUGUGCAAACGUGCAGCGACUUCCUGGUGGAGCACCUCCGGCCGAGGAACUGCGUCGGCCUCUUCCAGUUUCCCAAUAUCUGCUUCUCCUCCAGCCUGCAGCACAAGGCCUACCGCUACAUCAUUGAUCACUUUGAAGAGGUUGCUCUCUGCGAAGAGUUCCUGCAGCUCUCAGUGCACGAACUCACCGCCAUCCUGGAUAGUGACGACCUAAAUGUGAAUAAAGAGAGCAUUGCGUAUGAGGCCGUCCUUCGCUGGAUUGCCAACGGACCCGAAGAACGAAAAGCACACAUCGCGGUACUCUUGUCUAAGGUCCGGCUGGGCUUGAUGAGCCUGGACUACCUGAUGACCAAAGUGAUUCAAAAUGAGUUGGUCAUCAACAGCCUCGAGUGCAUGCCGAUGGUCGUGAAAACCGCUGAAACCAUGAGCAGCAUCACGACAAGCAGAACUUCUGGGUCUCACCUCAGCAUCCUGGCCAGCCGCCCUCGCCUGCCCUACGCCGUCAUGUUGGCCAUCGGAGGCUGGAGCGGCGGCGACCCAACAAACAGCAUUGAGGCGUACGACAUCCGCGCAGACAACUGGACCAACGUGACCAUCGCCCAAGAGCGACCCCGCGCCUACCACGGCGUGGCUUUCCUCGACGGGAGCGUCUACUGUGUCGGCGGCUCCGACCGGGCGGAGCAGUUCAGCAGCGUGCGCCGGUUGGACCUGAGAACGCACGUCUGGCACGAAGUGGCACCCAUGUUCUCCUGCCGGUGCUACGUGAGCGUCACUGUGCUGGACGGGUACAUCUACGCCAUGGGAGGCUACGACGGGUACACGCGACUUUGCACCGCAGAGCGCUACAGGCCCGAGACCAACCAAUGGAGUCUCAUUGCACCGAUGCAAGAGCACAGGAGCGACGCCAGCAGCACGACCCUCCGCGACAUGGUUUACAUCUGUGGUGGUUUCAAUGGGAUCGAGUGCCUGCAAACGUGUGAGUGUUACAGCCCACGGACCAACCAGUGGACAACGAUCAGCCCCAUGAGCUGCCCGCGCAGCGGAAUCGGCAUCAUCGCGUACGCAGACCGCGUCUACGCAGUUGGCGGCUUUGACGGCUCCAGGCGUCUGUCCACGGCAGAGUUCUACAACCCUUGCACCAACACCUGGCUCAGAGUGAGGUCCAUGAUAACUCCCCGCAGCAACUUCGGCAUCGCAGUGCUGGACAACCAGCUCUUUGUUGUCGGGGGCUUCAACGGCUUCACCACGUCCUGCAACGUCGAGCACUACGACGUGGCUACCGAUGCGUGGGCCGCCGCCCGCAACAUGAACAUCUUCCGCAGUGCGCUGAGUUGCUGCGUGGCGUGCCCGCUCCCCAACGUGGACAAGUACGUUGUCUCCCGUGACGCCCUGCUGCCUUUAUACCUGGACGACGUGUGCGUGGAAUCAGGAGACUCGGACUGA